UUCAUUGCAGGCAGACAAUGUGGGUUUGUGCUUUUCCUCCAGCCUUGUAUGAUUCAUCCACUGCCAAGUCCAGUCGGAUGCUGCUGAGCCUCAGCCUCUCUGGCUAAUGCAGGCUUACAUUAGCACACUCCUUGAGCCUGCAGCUACACUCAUUUCUUGCAGUGGAGGACGGGGGCUGAGAGGCAGGCCUGCUGUGUGCGUGCACAUGACUGCACAGUGCUGAGGGAGAGCGGGGGCUGCGAUGCUGUGAGAUGAGAGGAGCUGUUAACACAGGAAGCAGUGCAGAGGAAAGGAGAGGAGAGGAGAUCCGGGUGAGUGGCAGGAAGGCAGACGGACAGCAGCAGCAGAGGGGCUGGAUGCUAGCUCAGCACAGUGCUCUGAGCUCAGCCCUGAUUACAAACAGAGCAGACAGGAUUGACAGCCCACUAAGCACCUGGCUGUCUCAAUCACCAUUUGUGGUGAAGUUGACACAGCUGGGCAAGUUGCUAUAGAAGUGCUAGCUACACACUGUCUAUUUUGAUCCUGCUGUCAGAUGAUGAUGUCACCUAUCACAAGUGGCAAUGCUGGGGAAACAGGUUGGCUGAAGUUGGCUGAAGUGGGCUGCAAAAGUAUGUCAGGGGCGGAUAAGGACGAGGAACCUGCUUACAGACUCUACUUCUAUUCUGCAUCUUUUCAGCGCUCAAACAGCCAUGACAAGGUGCGGAAGAUUGUUGCAGAGGAGGGCCGUGCUGCUAGAAAUCUCAUUGCCUGGAGUGUUCCUCUAGAGAACAAAGAGGAGGAAGGGAAGUCCAAAACUCAUACCAACACCCAUUUGAGGAACCAGCGGAUCAACUCUGGUCUGCACAGGAAUAAGAAACAGAAUGCAGGCCUGGACAGCAAGAGUACAGCCGGGGCCUUGCUUGAAAAGGGAGCAGAGAAGAGCCCCUCCAAAGCCAGGCAGCCGCGCAAGGUGGACCUGCGAGCACGAUACUGGGCCUUCCUCUUCGACAAUCUGCGGCGGGCCGUGGACGAGAUCUAUGUCACUUGUGAAUCUGACCAGAGUGUGGUGGAGUGCAAGGAGGUGCUGAUGAUGUUGGACAACUAUGUGCGGGACUUUAAAGCUCUCAUCGACUGGAUCCAGCUGCAGGAGAAGUUAGAGAAAACAGAUGCCCAGAACAGACCCACGUCUUUGGCUUGGGAAGUGCGUAAAAUGUCCCCAGGUCGUCAUGUGUUGCCUAGCCCCUCAUCAGACAGAAUGGUCCCUUCUCCUAGUGCUCGCCGUGCCCUCAACUUUGGUGGUCCUCCUCCGACAUUGGCGGUAGCUCGUCUGUCCCACACGGGCCCCAGCUGGGCUGAGCGGGUCAAGUCCUCCCAGUCUCUCCCUGUCCCCAGCCAGCCCAACACCUGUCCUGUAGAGAAACCAGGUAAGAAGGACUCUGAGGGCUGGGAGACAGUCCAGCGUGGACGUCCUGCUAGACCUCGCUCUGCCAUCAUCGUAGCCAAGGUCAGCCCGGUCCUGGCCCACAUCAGCCCUAAAGACGACAGUAACAAGGAGAACCAGCAGCUCCUUGACAGGUCCUGCCCCCUGGAUAAAGACAAGGGUCACUGUGAACAGCCAAUCCCUGAGGAGCCUGUCCCACUUGAGGAGACGGCAGGAGACUUGGAGAAGGGUAACAUGGAGCCCCCAGCAGACAGUGUGCAAGACUCGGGGCAGUGUGUCGACAUACCCUGUGAGGACACGCCUCCGCCCAUACCAGCCCCAACCCCUUCUCUUACACAAGCCGAAGACCCUACCCCCUCCGCAACCAUAUUCCUACCAGCUCCAGUCCCUUCCUUAGCCCUCCCUCCGUCCCUAGACACGGCCCAGAUGGAUGGGCCCAGUGCUCUGGGGAACAAGGGGGCUGCCGGGGGUGCGUCACAGGGCAUGGCAACAUCUGCUCCAGGACAGGCUGAGACUUCCAUGGCAGCGGUGAAACUGGAGAGUGUGCUGGACCCCACAGAGCUUUCCACUCCCCAGUCCAUGGCAGAGGUCCUCGCUAAGAAGGAGGAGCUGGCUGACCGCCUGGAGAAGGCCAACGAGGAGGCUAUUGCCAGUGCCAUCGCUGAAGAGGAACAGCUGACCAGAGAGAUCCAGGCUGAGAACAAUGACCUAGAGACUGACAACGAGAGUGACUUCUCUGCCAGCAUUGGCAGUGGAGUUGGACUCAACAUGGACUGGAGUGACAUGUUAGCCGAUUAUGACGACUCACCUCUCUCUGCAGCGAGGGAGCCCUGGCGUCAGAGCACCUCCUGGGGGGACAUCGUGGAGGAGGAGCCUUCUAGACCCCCUGGCCAUGGAAUCCACAUGCACGAGAAACUGUCCUCACCAUCUCGUAAAAGAACCAUUGCGGAGUCUAAGAAGAAACAUGAGGAGAAACAGCUGAAGGCCCAGCAGCUCCGAGACAAACUGCGGGAUGAGAAGACCCACAAGCUGCAGAAGCUCCUGGAGAGGGAGAAGGAGGUCAGGAAAUGGAAGGAGGAGUUGUUGGACCAGCGGCGGAGGAUGAUGGAGGAGAAGUUACUCCAUGCAGAGUUCAAGCGGGAGCUGCAGCUCCAGGCCAUAGUGAAGAAGGCUCAGGAGGAGGAGGCCAAGGUGAAUGAGAUAGCAUUCAUCAACACUCUGGAGGCCCAGAACAAGAGGCACGAUGUGCUGGCUAAGCUGAACGAGUACGAGCAGCGCCUCAACGAGCUGCAGGAGGAGAGAGGCAGGAGACAGGAGGAGAAGCAGGCCAGAGACGAGGCUGUACAGGAGCGCAAGCGGGCUCUGGAGGCAGAGAGACAGGCGCGUGUGGAGGAGCUGCUGAUGAGGAGGAAGGAGCAGGAUGCGCGCAUCGAGCAGCAGAAGCAGGAGAAGGAGAGGGCCAGGGAGGAUGCUGCACGAGAGAGGGCCAGAGACCGAGAGGAGCGUCUGGCUGCCCUCAGCGCUGCGCAACAGGAGGCCAUGGAGGAACUGCAGAAGAAAAUCCAGAUGAAGCACGAUGAGAGCAGUCGCAGGCACAUGGAGCAGAUUGAGCAGAGGAAAGAGAAGGCAGCCGAACUCAGCAGUGGCAGACAUGCCAACACUGACUAUGCCCCCAAACUGACACCGUAUGAGCGCACGAAACAGUGCUCCUUGUGCAAUGUUGUGAUCACCACGGAGGUGCACCUGUACAGCCACACCAAGGGCAAGAGGCACCAGCAGGCCGUGAGAGACAGCAGUAGCAUCCAGGGACGGGAGCUCUCCGAUGAGGAAGUGGAGCAUCUUUCCUUAAAGAAGUACAUAGUGGACAUUGUGACGGACAGCACUGUCUCCUCUGAGAGUGUGAAGGACGGAGAGGAGAGGCAGAAGGCACGCAAGAAGGCAAAGAAGCUCCGCGGACGCAUGAACUCCAGGGCAAAGGAGUACGAGACGUCAAUGGAGGCAAAGACACAAGUCCCCGACUCCCCAUACAAGGCCAAGCUCCAGCGUCUGGUGAAGGACUUGGUGAAGCAGCUCCAGGGCCAGGACAGCGGGCAGUGGGCCAACACCAGGGUGUCAGGCCUGGACAGAACCCUGGGAGAGAUCUCCCGCAUCCUGGAGAAGCAGAACAAUGCAGAUCAAGUGGCGUUCCAGGUAGGCGGGGGACUCUCUGCUCUGGAACAGAUUCUGCUGGUAGUCACUGCAGCCUCCACCCCCACCGCAGUCCCACGCAUUCCAAUCAAGUCCCUAUGUGCUGCUGUAAACAUAUACUUUCUGGCAUGCUCUCGCUGCCACCUCAACUGCUCCUACGUUCUCUUCAGCAAUAAGGUAGCCUCCCUCAUGGACCUGCUGCUGCAUCAGCUCACACUGUUCGUCCCAGAUGAAGACAAGUCCAUCUUUGGUCGCAGUGUGAACAAGCAGGUGUUUGAGGGGCUGACCACCGGCCUGCUGCAGACCAGCGCUACCAUCCUGACUUUCAUUCUUCCCUAUGUUCCCGAGUGUGGCCGCGGAGACGCCCCUCGCAUCCUAUCACCAGACACCAAGACCAAGACCUCCCCUAUGGAGCCCUUAAACACCCGGGCCCAUGACCUCAUCAGUUAUGUGGUGAACAUGGGUCUGAUUGACAAGCUGUACAGCUGCUUCCUGUCUGUCCAGGGCCCAGUGGACGAGAGCCCCAAGAUGUCCACCUUCCUCCAUCAGGCUACCGCUCUGCUACACGCCAUGUGUAAGCUGUGCUUCGCUGUGACUGGCCGGUCUCCCAGUAUAUUUGACAACAAGCGUGCAGACCCCACGGGACUGACAGCCCUGCUGCAGUCCACUGACCUGGUGGGUGUGGUACACACUCUGUACUGCAUCCUGCUCCACAGCUCCGCCCUGCCUGAGCCGGAUGCCCAGAGCCCACAGGAGCCCUACGCCCCCGGGGUCAUCCAGGUGGCCCUAACGGGCCUCCGCUUCCUCAACAGCUUUGCCCUGCUCGACCUGUCUGCCUUCCAGACUGUUCUAGGUGCUGAGGGGCUGUCCCUUGCCUUCCGCCACAUAGUGAGCUCCCUGCUGUGGUACUGCUCUCAGCACUCCUCUGAAGAGCUGCUGCAUGAAGUCCUUAUCUGUGUGGGCUACUUCACCGUCAACCACCCUGACAACCAGGUGAUAGUGCAGUCUGGCCGCCAGCCCAGUGUGCUGCAGAAACUGUGUCAGCUGCCCUUCCAGUACUUCAGCCACCCGCGCCUCAUCAAAGUGCUCUUCCCCUCCCUCAUCUCGGCCUGCUACAACAACCCCCAGAACAAGGUCAUCCUACAACAGGAGAUGAGCUGUGUGCUACUGGCCACCUUCAUACAGGACUGUGCCUCAAGCGAGAACCAUCCAGACAACAGAACGCAACAAGCAGACAAAGUGUCUCAGCUGCUGGAUUACUGUGAGCUUUCCAACCGCUUUCCUAGAGACCAGUGGGACUCGGCACUGCAGUUCUUCCUCAAGAAGCAGGAGGACUAGUUCAGAGUUGCACUCCAUCCUCUAACAGGGAUAUACACGUGAAAAACACUACGAAAUAGAUACACACUUCACCCUUCAUUCUACACUACAUACUUUUCCAUUUAGAUUUGAGGUCUGCACAUGGGCUUAUUCGUUAAUGCAGUUUCUUAGCUUUGCCAAAACUCUUGAAAUCCUAGAAUUCAAGGGCUGAAUCCUAACUUGAGAUGUUUGUGUCUAACUCAAAUGUUCAUAUAAGUCAUCCAUCGAUGUCCAUGGGAGAUUGCAGAAAAGUUUGAGUUGGACGUGUGCAUCUUGUGUAUUCUUCCCUGAGUCACGCACAAUAAUGAUGUUCCUUGUCCAAACCUAGUCAUGUUUUUGUGUUGUGUGUCUGUGGAUGACAACGUAGCAGAAAAGAGCAGAGAUAAUCAAAAGCACUCUCAUGAUGAUUAGAUGACAACAUGUUCAUCAAUAAUACUGUACUUCCUGUUAAUUCCUUUAUUAUUUUCAUAUCCGGUUAAGAUGUGAAUGACCUGCCCAGAAUGUUUUUUCCCUACAGUUAUUUUACAGGCGUUGGACAGUUUUGUACUCCAAUAAGUUACAUAGCCUGUUUGUGUUUAUUCUGUACAUUUAGAUUUGCUCUAAGUGGGAGCUGUCCAGUUUUUCAAGUACAAAUGUUUUCCUUGUUCUUGCCUUUGUUGUGAAGCACUUACAAAAUAAUAUAAUUUAUUGAAUAAUUUUCAUUUCUAUCCCAUUAAUAAAUUAUUUAUUAUUAGCA